AUGCCGCCGGAGAAGCUCCGAGACUCAGACAGGGUCACUGAUCGGUGGGCGACGGAUAAGUCCAUUGGCCAUAUCGGCCUUUUGCUGGCGACGCUAGCAGCAGGAGCUCACUAUUCUGAUGUUGGGUAUUCCCAGCGCUUGAAGACUUCUACCGAUUUCGCUCGCCGAUCCUUCCACGCGCUUCAGCUGGCCAAUUUUCUAUUUCGCCCAUCACUGAAUAUCAUUCAAGCUCUUCUUAUUUUGGGAAAUACUCUGCAAAAUACAGGCCAGUCUGAUGCUGGGUACAACAAUUCGACUGGCUCAGACCAUGGGGCUGCAUACCGAAAGAAGUCCUCUAUUGUCUGGCAGGAUAGCCUUUGCCUUUGUUAUGACCGCCCACCGAUUGUUUCCGUGGCGGGGUGGACUCUUGACGAAUCCUUUUAUCAACGACAGGAUUUGUCUUAUGCUGAAAUCAUGCAUUUUAUUUGUCGACUCGGACUAGAUAUCAUGCAGCCAGAACACCCGGGGGUAACCGAAGCGGAUCGAGCGCUUGAGGCUUUGCACAAACUUGAUGCGGUUUACCAACGCGGGAAGGCGUUCUUACAUGCUCGUGAGGCUAGUUUGCCGCCCGGCUAUGAAAGAGUCCAACGCGCAACAUCUAUUGGGGUCGGCAUCUAUUGGGGUCGGCGGACAUUCACCGGGAGGAGCUUGAUUGAUGCUUCGAGAGCCUUCCUCGAUUUCCAAGCACUUAGCAUUAUUCCCUUGCGCAGCUGGUCAAUGGUGCACACGGCCUUGAGUUCCACCUUGCUGCUUUGUAUCUGGGAAGAGACACGCAAUGAUCCCGACUGUCGGCGCUUGCAGCAACAGGUGAUUGAUGUUUUCUUUUCCUCUAAUGCGAGAGCCUCCGAUGAGGGAGAUUCAAAUUCCGAUAGUGAUAACCAGUGGUUGUAUCGGCAGGAAGAGGCGGGAGCUGUCAACCAUGAAGACUGGUCCGGCCAAGGGUUGAAUGCGGGUGUCCUCGGGGCUGGUAUGCCCGGUUGGUAUCUGGAUAUGGCCAACCCGAUGGAUAUAUCACCAGCGUCUUACCUCGACUCAAUAAUGAACGCUCCUUUGUUUGACUUUUCGCAAAGGAAUGAGUAUCUAUAA